CUGACCCCGGGCCCUCGGGCAGUGCCCAAGUUUCCAAAUGGUCAGUCCGCCCCUGGUAACACUGUAUUGCUUUGGUCACAAAUUGGAUCGCAUGGGUGUUCACACCUAUGCAAUCCAAUUCUGCGCAUCGCAACGCAUUUUGCAGACCGCUUUAGGGGUGUUGUUAACUUAACAUACACACCCGCAGCGGUUCACAUGAACAGGUGCGAUUCUGAUGCGUUUUCAAGCAAAUUUUGAUGUUUAACCAAUUCAAUACCAGGCAAUUUUACACCUUCCUGCCCAGGCCAUUUUUCAGGUUUCAGCGCUCUCACACUGACAAUGACAAUAGCGCAGUC